AUGGAAAUCGUGCCCGGAAUAGGUCUGUGGCAUGUUCAUGGGCAUCAGGAUAAGUGCUAUGUUCAUUACGCGUCAAGCUUCAUCACAGGAGCUGCCAGGAUUGAUGGAGAAAUUAUGGAGACCUUAUGGGCUCCGCUAAACAUCAUAUCACCGUCCGCAAGAGGGAUGUCUACUCCACAUCGGCAGGAAUGUCUCGAUUACCAGAUGAAUGAUUCUAAUUUCAUGAAGAUGAUCAGGAUGAGUGGAUUUCUAUGUCGGAAGUACCGCAAAGCAGCAAAGGGGGUGGCGGAAAGUAGCGCCGCGUUUGAAAAGCUGAACGAGACUGCCGAUGCUAUAAAAGUAGCACAAUGGGAAGCGCAAUAUCAGGAAGCUCAACAGCGUCGGAAUGGGGACCCAUCGGCUAUGCAUGUGUUGGAGGUGCAGCUACGAAAAGGUGAGCCAAGCAUUCUUCCAUCCGAUGCACGAGAUCAAAGAGAAGCAGCACCAACACGGAAACAGCAAGAGCUGGUAUUACUGUCCUCUAGCCAGGGACGUGCCAUCGGGAAUGCGCAAUGUGGCACGGCUACAUGGAUUGCGUCCGGUAUCACAAUAGAAGAGAUGCAAAUAGCUCUCGCCAUGGAUGUCCGGAAGUUGGGAAGACACCCUACCGAAACGCAGAAAUUGGACAUAGGGAGGCGCCGGACAAAACUCCAAAACUGGAUAGAUGAAUUCACCCUCGUGGCGGUCAGUCAUCUGGGCAAGGGCUUCGACGUUGACAAUGAUAUAAUGGAUAUGAAGUUGGAUUUUCUUGACAAUUCCGACGAAGAGGGACAUUUCGGUGAUGGCACAGAUUCUGAACGUAGUGUUAGCAACAAUGUUUGGUGUAAUCUUUUCCGACCUGAACAUGUUGUGAUACCUCUUCCGUCCAACAUCAGUAUAGAAUGGUGUGCUGACUUAGCCGGAGAUAACCUGGUGGGACAGGAGAUUGCACUUCGAGAAGGGCAAGCAAACGACACGCUCCAAACUAUUAGAGUGCUUCUAGCAGAUAAGGCUGUGCUUUUCCGGACCACAGUCUGUCCAGCGAAAUCUCAAGCCAAGUCAACCAGGGCAUGGACUCAGGUUCAUUCUGUAGAAAGAGUCAUCAGACUCAAUACAAUGAUUUAUACGAAGUGCCGAACGCAACUCGGGAACCUUCAAGCUCAUGGCCUACUGGAGAAAUAUCUCCGGAUUGAGAAAUGCCAUCUCAAAGCUACUGCUGCUGUUGCCAAUCCAGGUGCCCAGGGACAACGAAAUUUCACACUGCCCUGGUUCUGGUCUCUCGAUAUACAAGGGGAUUCUGUUAACAAUGAUUGGAUGGACGAGUGGUCCAUUGGCUCCGCACAAAGGCAAUCCGCGACCGGUGGGCGGAAGAACAACUCCUAG